GUUGGGAUUGGCUGGCUUGUUUGUGCUCCCUAAAUUGCCUUUUUUCAGAAUAGUGGUACUCCAGCCGGUCUUCGACUUUUGAACAGAGGCGACGCGGCAGGUUAAGCAGGCAACUCCUAUGGGAAACCUCAGGCAUUUAAUUCGAGCGGACUCGCGAUACCGACAGUCAGCUUGAGAUACAAAAGACGGAAACCUUAUCUGCGGAUCUUUUUUUUUACAAUCUGGAAAACGGACUCUUACCUGUGAAAGCUACUAAAUGAGUGCCAGGACAACCGAGGGAUUGGCGCUAUCCAUUCCACUUUGCACCUUCAACGGGACUACACAGACAAAUGGCACGUGCAUUGAUCAAGUGGAGCACUUAUUCCAGGUUUUUUCGUCCACUCUUGUGCUCAUCGCGUUGGUCGCGGUGAUUAUCGGGAUCAUAUUAGUUUCCCUCACCACUUUUCACUUUCACAAAAGCAAAAUGAAAAAACGGAAGAUACAGAGAGCUCAGGAGGAAUACGAGCGAGACAACUGCAGCCCCAAAACGGAGAAAGGCAAAGCGGCAGUCAGACAAUGCAUCAUGGUACGACCUGCGCACAGAGAUUCCGGGCACCGGCCACCCUCUGCAGUCCAGAAAUGUGAUGAAGAUACGACGACUCAGGAAAACUCCAGUAUCAUACCCGUCCCAGAAAACGGUUCUAAAGCUGACACUGAGCACACGGAACAGGGACACGACCAUUUGCUGGAAACCGUCGCCUUGUCCUGAUAAAACUAGCUAGGGGAUAGCUGUAAAUAGAAACGGUCAGUUCAUUAGAAUCUAGGGGAAACAUAGAAACCGUUCAACAAACGCAUGUACAGUGGCAUAUUCUUUCAUUGCGGCGUACCAAAGUACCUGAGAGGAGUUAUAUGGCACAAAUGACCACCCCGGCCACUAAGGGCAAUAAGUUACCACUUAGGCAGGAAUUCGCGCGUUAAGUAUAGCCUAUGUAAAUACUGCUCUGUGGCAAUGAUUACUGACUAUCGAUGCUGUAUUGUGUUGGAAAAUAACGGAUCGAAGGGACAACGUGGAAUGUAUUGUACAUUUUAAACAAUUCCGUUGGGUUAAGGCGUAGCUUUGCGGAGUUCCCGAGGAUGAAAACGGGCCAGGCUGUUGGAAGUUUUGUAUUCGGCUGGGCGCUCUCCAUCACUCGUGGUGCUGAAUUGAAGAGGCGACAUGGACGAUUUUCUUCCUCCUAAUAUAAUCAAUUUAUUCCUUGCAGGUUUUGUUGUAAAAUCAUAUAUGUAUGUAAAUGUAUAUUUAUAUAUAUACAUAUAUAAGACAAGGCUUCCCAAAAUUAUCUUUGUUUAAUUAAUCAAGCACCUUCUGAAAUGGGCAAUAGUUCAAUCUAGAGAAGCUAUACAGACCGUAAAAGAGGGCUGGAGCAGUGUAAUUUAUUGACUGGCCUGUACGUCAUAACAUGGGCGUUUGUGUUAACCUUCCCAGAAAGCAAGAGGAGAGGCGUUGCAAUUCACUGAACAGGGCAGGAAAAUUCUUAAUGUGCGAAACUAUUUUAAAUGAGCUAUUUAUUGACAGUGGAAAAUAUAAUUAUAUUAUUUUUUUCAAACCGUUAAAGUGCAAUAGAAGUUUUGGUGAUAGUACCUUAUUGUUUUAGUUUAAUAUUUUUCUCCAAAGUGACACUUAAUUAUUCUUCCAGAGGUAUAUAUAUAUAUAUAUAUGUGUAUGUUUCAGUUUGAUAGUGACAAUGUACGAAAUCCUAGACUUAAAGUUUGCUUUCCUACAAAAUAUCACUUGGUUUUCAUUAUCUGUUAUGUUUAUAAAUCCUGGUAUUUAUAGUGUAACUUAUGACCUAUAAUAAAAGAGACAUCAUCUUAAAAUUAA